AUGUUGGUUGCAAAUCCUUGUCGGCUGCUAUCUUCACGCCUCAUAUCUGGCAGUUUAUGGCCAGUAUGUUGUUCUUUCUCUCAAAAUCACGUUUUGAGAACCACAAAACUUGGAACUGCUCCUGCUGUACAAAGAACUGGUUUGUUACCAUCAGUUCACUGGACAAUUGAACGUGUUUUGGCUGCCGGUAUGUUGCCGUUGUAUCCAAUCGCGAUUUACAUGGAUACUCCAAUGAUGAAUUUUAUUGUGGUUACUGCUGUUUCUAUUCAUUCGUACUGGGGUUUUGAUGGUGUGAUCAAGGAUUAUGCAUUCGAACGCCGCUAUGGUCCAGCACUAAUGCCUAUAUUGCGUACCUUGUGGAAAAUAAUGUGUGGCUUCGGUUUUGGUGGUCUACUGUACUUCAACUUCAACGACGUAGGAUUCAUUUCAGCUGUGAAAAAACUAUGGGCUUUAUAA